AUGGCAUCACCCAUCACCUGCCACGUACUCAACACACUGUCUGGAACACCUGCAGCUGGACUCAAAGCCACACUCACCCUAUUGUCGACCUCCACGUCGUUGCCGACCAACGUGAGCUUCCAUGCCGUCACCAACGAGGACGGCCGGGUGAAGGGCUGGGACUCGCCUACCGACACGACCCUUACGGAACUCAUGGACAAAUUCACCGCGGGGGAACGCAUCCCAUGGAGCAUCAAGUUUGAUGUCGGUCGCUGGUAUGAGGAGAAGGGAGUGGAAUGCUUCUGGCCCGAGGUCGAGGUCAAGUUCUACGUAAAAAAGGGGGAGAGACACUACCAUGUGCCUGUGUUGGUGGGACCCUGGACUUAUACCACCUAUAGAGGAUCGUGA